GGCUGCGUUAGAUAAUCCGGAGAAAACAAACGCCCACGCAUUUUGACAGCAAAUAAUAAAAAUAUAUAAUAAAAAAUAAAAACAUAAAGGUUAUAUUAAGCACAAAUAUAUCUUUUAAAUUUGUAAUAUUUUUUGUUAGCCCUCAAUGGGUUUUUUCGGACGCUGACGGUGGUGAGGAUCAAGGAUGCUGCGUGAUACUUCUAAAGGGUGGAGCAAUGGCUCCGGAGCCUACAGUAGUGACCCUGAAGAGGAUGAGGAUGAGGAAGAAGACAUGGUGUUUGGGGAGAGCGAUCAGGAUGGCGUGGCAGAGGAGAUGAUGGACCUGAGUGACCUUCCCACCGCACUCUUUGCGUGCAGUGUCCACGAGGCCGUAUUCAGCCAGGAAGCACACAGGGUAAUGCCAUCGAUAAAUAUGAAACUGGAGAUGGUGACCAUCAUCGCCUGCGAAGUAGACACCGAGGUGUUUACGUCAGACAAAAUGCAGGAGAGGUUUGAAGCGUUGUUCAGGAUUUAUGACGAACACACAACCUUCCAGAUGUUCAAAAGCUUCAGAAGAGUGCGGAUCAACUUCAGCACCCCAGAGGCCGCCGCUCGCGCUCGCAUCGAGUUGCAUGAAUCUGAGUUCAACGGCAAGAAGCUGAAACUCUACUUUGCUCAAAUCCAGAACGGCGAUGAGGACAUAGACAAGUCUUAUCUGGCCCCUCCACAACCCGUGAAACAGUUUCUGAUUUCUCCUCCUGCCUCGCCGCCUGUGGGAUGGAGCCAGAGCGAAGACGCCACGCCCGUCAUCAACUACGACCUGCUAUGUGCUGUUGCCAAGCUCGGACCUGGUGAAAAGUAUGAACUCCACGCCGGGACAGAGUCCACCCCCAGUGUCGUCGUCCACGUGUGCGAGAGCGAGGCGGAGGAGGACGAAGCGGCGCGGCCAAAGCAGCAGAUCGUCCAGACCCGGCGUCCCGAUGGGCCCCCGACGGUCUCCAACUAGAGAACCGCCCCGCCUCACCGGGGCCGGCGCCGUUACCGCCCUUUAAAACCUGCGACACACCCGCCCUCUCUCUCUCUCGUCUCUGCACUCACAGAGAGCGUCGACGCCCCUCAUUUCAGUUCAACUACAAGCGAAAACAGACAUUGCUCAGAGACGGUGUUUGUGGCGAGCGCGGCGAUGGAAUGAGGCGGCUUGAAGGGAAUGGAUGAGAACCACACGCACGCACACACUCAUCACAUUCUGCCGACAGCGUGGGGACAGUGCGAGGCUCGUCCUUCCCCCCGGUUUCCAGCAGGAGGGGGUAAAACACUCGUCCCACUACAGGCACCUGUCACCUACCGCACAUUCUCAGCUCCGUUGCCUGCUCGUCCAGUAGCUUGUUAGCCGUUCCUCUCCAUUUAAGGCUGUUUUUUUCUACAAUAAUCUUUGGAGAUGCAACACUGAACCAGUUGUGUUGAUGUUUAAAUAUACUUUUUAUUUUUCAUUCUUUUUUUAUCUGCUGGUUUGCAGCUUGCAUCUGUGUGAUGUUCCUGCUCGUAUCUGCAUGUAUAUACUGUAAUACAAAAAUAGUGUAGGGAGGAAAAAUAAGCUGCAUCACACACAGCAUAAAGCGCCAUAUGUGACUAAUAAAGUUUGGCGAUUGUUGGACUUUUUCUUUUUUGUGGAGAGGCUUUCCUUUCUUUUUUUUCCCGUCUUUUGCAAAGCUACUAAAUGUGUAUUAUUACUAUGUAUUUGAUACCCCAACACUUUUUGCAUGCAUACUUCAGUGGAUGGGGAGCUGGAGUAUUUUUUUUAUUGUUGUUCGUUGACAGGAAAAUUGUGGCAUGAGUGCAUAUUGUUCCUGCAGGCUCAGAGCGACGUCAUUGGACGGUUCGGCCUGAUGGCAGACUUUUUCUUUUUUGUCCAGAUUUGUUGGAUCAGAGACAGUUCAACCCUCUUCAAGGAGAGACAUUUCUGUUUAUCGAUAUUGUCGUUCAAUCACUCUCUUCGUGUCGGGUUUCCUUUGAAACCAACUACUGCUUGUUUUGCACUGAGAAUCUCUUGAUGUCUCGAAAGCGAUGGUGGGGCUCUCGACCGCUGCGCUGCUUCUUCUUCUUCUUCUUCUUCUUGCUGUACAUAGAUGAGUGGUGGGGAAAUCUUCUUUUAGAUGUUGUACCUGAAACCAUUUCAUUAAAAAAAAAAAGAAAAAGGGAAAACGAAGCUUGCCUCAUGAGAUAACAACCAAAGCAUUCACUCGCCUCUCAUUAUUACCAGAAAAUUAUCUCUCAAAAUGACUUGAUAAUUCCACUUUUACUGUACAUCCUUUUUUUUGUUUGUCUACUAACUAUUUAGGUUGUGUGUACAUUAACACAAUUAUUUAAUAAAAGUGGUUUGGGGCCAUUUAUGUCUUAAGCUUUCAUCCAUGCAUUGACUGCACAUGCUUCAUCCUUUCAUGAAACCUGGAGGAACUUUGCUGUUUUUUUAGCAAAGCAUGUCAGCACUUUAUUACUUUCACUGCUUUUUUUUUUUUGACAAAGUGAGAAGCACACUUUUUAGUUUCUUUCUUGUGUCGAGCUAAACACCUGGUCAGCCUUUUCACCAGCAUAUUGCAGAGAGCGAACCACUCCAUGUCCGUUUGACAGCGUGAACUUCUCAUGCCUUUUGGAUCCGUACGACUCAAACGGUGUUUACACGCAAAGCAGACGGAGGUUUAGAAAUGAGGCAGCGGAACAAGAAAAAGACGAAAAAAAUAUAAUUUUUUUUGUCUACAAGAUUGGUGAAAGGUUUUUCAUUGAAACUCUGUGGACAGAGGGUUUAAACUUGUGCACUUUGAUCACAGUGGAGAAGAAAUGUAAAUUUAUGUACAUAUGCCAAGUGUCUUUUCUUUCGUCUUCUCUGUUUUUCGCUGAGGCCAGUCCUCAUGUGCAGUUUGUUCCAGCUUCUCUUGGCACUCUUGUAAUGGAAACAAAAAAAAGAAAAACAAAGGUGUGUAAGUCCUGAAGACGCUCGAUCAAAAACCAACUGCGUCUGACGCGGACUCGGUUUUUUUCUUCUUUUAUUUCUGGGAAACAUCUACGAAAACCUAAAAUAAUACCGUUAUUACUGUCACUGUUGUACUGUUUCUGUUGAAAUCUGAUUAUUGUGUCUUGUAUUGUAGAAAUCCAAAAAACAAAGUAGCAUAUCAAGCAAUAAUUUACAGUACUAUGAUAUCAGUAUGUGUAUAUUACAUGUUCUGUACUUAUUUCUCAGACAUGGUCUCUGUCUCUGACAGUAUCUGUUUCUAUUUGUGUAGUAAAAUAGUUAUUUGUUUCAAAUAGAAAAAUACAUAAAGACCUAUUCUUAAAAACUA